ACUUAUAUAUACUUUCGCCGCAGUCGCGCGAGGUAGUAAACAGUGUCGCAUGCAGUCACUGGCUGCUUAUAUAGAGUUUGCUUUCGAGAUUAUUUUCACGAACGAAAAUAGAGGAUUUUUUACUGGGAAUCGCUGGAACAAAGACGGCAGGCAUUUUCCACGUGGUCUCAAGGCGGCCUGCGUGAGCUCGACGAAUCUCCUUGACGAGGACAAAGGACGUCGAUUAUUUUCAAUCUCGGCUCGACUUUUUAUUUACGCUCCCGAUGACCCUGGCUGCCGAGUGCCGGCCAUUCCGUGACACCGAGGAUCGCACGCACGAUGUUGCCCAACGAAUACAUGAACAGACGUAUGUUGGGGCACCCUGCAUUCAGAGAUGAUGAGGACGAUGAUACGGAUGAUGAGUUUUAUAUUAGCCCAGAAUACGACAGCUCAGAUAUGAGUGAUGUUGAGGAAAUUUCCAGCGAAUCGUCUGAUCACAGUACGACCUCUGAAGAUUCGGAUUCCGAUGGUUCGAUUUCACACAACGAUGAUGAUGAGAUUGCGGUAGUUGAGUUAAGAGAGGAUAAUAAUGGAGGUAAUAAUGGAGCUGAACGAGAAGUCCGUGACAGUGUACCCAAUCAAGCUCCAGUGGCGGUAUUGGUCAACAAUGUGCAGGAAAACCGUGACCACGACGAUUAUGUCAGCCCAGCUGCAAAGAGAAUAAGACUUGAUCCCGAAGUAUCCACACUGCCCCGACAAAGUGUUGCUCCAGAACCUGCUGACGAUGAUGUUGACAAGUGCUCGAUUUGCUUGGACACAUGGGACAACUGCGGAGAACACAGACUCUGUGCCAUAAAAUGCGGUCACUUAUUCGGACAUAGUUGCAUUACUCAGUGGUUGAGCGCCAGACACAAUAGAUGUCCUGAAUGUAAUGCCAAAGCUGGACCACGAGAUGUACGAGUUUUGUAUGCAAAAAAACUUGUUGCUGUAGAUACGUCUGAAUUAAAUAAAGUUAAAAUAGCACUAAAAGAUGAAGUAGAUAAAAGGAUGAGAUGUGAGAAAGAAGUUGAGAGUUUGAGAGGUUUGAGAGAUUAUCAUCAAAGAGAAAUUAGUGAGUUAAAUCUCAAGUACAGAGAGCUUGAAAAAAAGUAUGCAGAGAGUCUUCAAAGGAGAAGUUUGCUAUCCAUUGAUACUUCUGCACCAUUAGAAAUUGUUAAAACAUUUGACAUUAAGAGUGGACGAGUAACAAUUUACAAUUCCACACAUAAUUAUCUUUAUACAUCUUCUUCAAAAUCAGUUUACAGACUUUUUAUGGAUAACAUGACGUUAUCACCUCCAUAUCAAUUACAUAAUUUGGAAAUUAGAGAUAUGUGUUUCCAACCUCAAGGAGAGAACACAUUACUUACAGUUGGAUUAGAUAAAAAAUUGGUCCUUGUAGAUGUUAGAUCAUCUAAUAUGAUACGACAAAUUCAAACAGACAUUGCGUUAUGGAGCUGCUGCUGGUCCAAAAAUGAAAGAAAUACAUUUUGUGUCGCUGGAACAAGAGGAACCAUUUAUGAAUAUGACAUAAGAAGUUUCCAAAAGGAAAAUAUUAAUGCUGGAUGUGAUGAUAAAUCACCUGUUGUAUCUCUUCACUCUGUACCAAAGAAUUGCCCAGCUCUCUUGACAGGAGGAUAUUUAUCAUGUCAAUUGCAGUCAUGCUCAGCUUAUGCUGCUAAAGGAAGCAAGUAUGCGCAAAAUCUAAUAAACUUAAAAGGACCCUUUACAUCACUCAGAUUUAAUGAAAAAAAUAAUCAUGUCAUACUAUCGUGCAGAGGAAAUGAUGAAGAGCCUGAUAUAAGGCAUCUAGUGUGUUCUCUUGAAAGAAACGAGAACCAAGUAAACUUUAAUGUUGUCCACACUUUCAAAACUGGAAGUAGUGCUAAAUUUCUAUCAAAGCCAUGUUUUGUGAAUUUAAAAGACGAAACAUUAAUAGCAGCUUUCAGUGAAAGUGAAAAAAAAAUUAAAGCUUGGAAUAUGUCUACUGGAGAAGAACAAUAUUCAUUUCCUUAUAAAGGAAAUGCACUUGAUAUGUGCUCAAUAGAAAAUAAUGGCUUAUUUCAAGCGGUGCUCUCUACAGACUCCCUUGAGCUUUAUAAAUCCAAACAAUAUUAAGUGCAUAAGUUCUUGUAUAAUACUGUACAAAAUAAUAAAUAAUAUUGAUUUUUUUUA